GAGCCCGGCGGGGCGGCGGCGGAGCCGGGCCGGGAGGACACGGGCAGCCCCGCGGCGCGGCCGGCCGGGCGCUCCCCGCCGCGGGAGCCCGACGCCGCCGCCGAGAGAGCGGCCGAGGCGGCCACCCCCAAGCUCAGCGACGGUAACGGCGGCACCGCGGGCUCCCCGUUCUCCCGUUCCCUUUCUCCUUCCUCCCCUUCCCCCGCCGGGGGCGGCAGGCGCGGAGCGGCCGCGGUCGCGGGUGGACGGGGGCUGGCGGGGAGGCUGCGCCCGGCGCCGAUGGGCGGCUGCCCGGGCUCUCCCAGCCACGGGAGAUCGGCGGCCAGCCUCGAAGUUUUUAGAUGAAAAUCUUUAAAUCUGGCUUUAAGUUGCUCGGAACGCGAUCUUGUUCCCGUUCGGCAUCCCAGGGGAAGCCGCGCCGCCUACGAAAGCCCGGCCCCGCGGGCCCGUUCGUUCCCCGCGGCUCCGGGGACUGGCGCGGGGCCGGCCCGCGCUGCCCGCGCUCAGCCCCGCGCCCUCCAGCGUAUCCGCCCGCGGGUGUUUCCGCGGGGCCGCUCCCGGGCGCUGCGGGAAGCGGCCGGGCCUGUGCCCGUGGCUGCGGGGACCCGCGGGUCGCUGCCGCCCUUUUGUUCGGACCGGCGGAGCGCCCGCAGCAUCCCCGCUCGGUGCCCGGGAUGGGGCGCUCGGUACCGCGGGGAGCCGCGGCGGGACCGGCCCGGGCGCUCGCGGGGGCUCCGUGCGCGGGCCCCGCGCUCCGGCCGAAAGCUGCCCGGGGAUGAACGGAUCCCGCGGGAGCGCGGGGCGCGGAGGGGCCGCGGCGGCCGGCGGAGGCUCUCGGGACCUGUUGCUGCGCAUCCCCCGGGGGCGCGGCGGGGCCGGAGGGGAGGGCUUGGUGCGGACCCCGUGCCCCCCGCCCGUGGUUACCGGAGGCAGCGGCGGAGCCCGGAACGGCGGCGGCAGAGGCGGCCUAGCGCGGCCCGGGCGCGCAGGCCCCGCUCCCGGUUGCCCCGGCCCCGCGGGGCUCCAGCCCGCAGCCCCCGGAGCGGCGGGAGCGGGGCCGGCCCCGGUGCCAGCUCCGGUCCCCGCGCUGACUGCCGUGUCGUGCCCAGUGUCCCCAGAGCUGAAGGAGCGCAAGGAGGAUGCGAAAGCCAUGGAAGACGAAGGGCAGACGAAAAUCAAGCAGAGGAGGAGCCGGACGAAUUUCACCCUGGAGCAGCUGAACGAGCUGGAAAGGCUUUUCGACGAGACGCACUACCCGGACGCGUUCAUGCGGGAGGAGCUGAGCCAGCGGCUAGGGCUCUCCGAGGCCCGGGUGCAGGUUUGGUUCCAGAACCGCCGCGCCAAGUGCCGCAAGCAGGAGAACCAGCUGCACAAAGGGGUGCUGAUCGGAGCCGCCACCCAGUUCGAGGCGUGCCGGGUGGCUCCCUACGUGAACGUGGGCGCGCUGAGGAUGCCCUUCCAGCAGGUGCAGGCGCAGCUGCAGCUGGACAGCGCCGUGGCCCACGCCCACCACCACCUGCACCCGCACCUGGCCCACGCCCCGUACAUGAUGUUCCCCGCGCCCCCCUUCGGGCUCCCGCUCGCCACCCUGGCCGAGUCCGCCUCCGCCGCCUCCGUGGUGGCCGCGGCCGCCGCCGCCAAGACCACCAGCAAGAACUCGAGCAUCGCCGACCUCCGCCUCAAGGCCAAGAAACACGCGGCCGCCCUGGGGCUGUGACCGCGCCGCCCCGGCCGGGACCGCGCCGCUCGCUUUGCUUCGCUUUUCUUUUUUUUUUGGAAAAAAAAAAAAAAUGGGAGGGGGUGGGGAAGAGUUUAAAAAAAAAAAAAAGAAAAAGGAAAGAAGCGAGGGAGAGGAGAAACGGACGGGAGAUAUAUACUUAUUUAAGGAAUGAAGAGGACGCGCAGCUGGGAAGUUCACAGGUUUUGAAACUGACCUUUUUCUGCGAAGUUCACUUUAAUACAAGAAAUUUGAUAAGAGAGGCGGGCCUCCUUUCACGUUGCAUCAGGUACUUGAGUUUAACAACCGCGUCUGGAAUAGCGACAAAAGGAAAAAAAAAAAAAAGAAAAAAAAAAAAAAAAAGA